GGAUGUUGAUACUCAUGAUAUAACAGAAGAUAGUUCUGAUAGCGAUUAUGAGGAUGAUAACAAUGAUUACAAUAGUUUAAUUAAGAAAAAAGAAAUCGAAGAAAAAGAACGCUCAGAAAAAACCAUCUUUAUUGGUAAUUUACCUGUGAGCGUCAUUGAAAAGCACGAUUAUCGGGUCUUGAAAAAGAAAUUUUCAGAAUUUGGCAAAAUUCAAAGUAUUCGAUUCCGUUCUAUAGCAUUUUCAGAACUAUUGCCACGAAAAAUAGCAUUCAAACUAGGAAAACUACAUCCAGAGCGAGACAUUUUAAAUGCUUAUAUCGUCUACCAAGAAAAAGAAUCGGCAAUAAAGGCGUUAACUAUGAAUGCACAAUUAUUUCUUGGUAAACAUCUACGCGUAGAUUCUACAUAUGACCGAAAAAGAACAAUCUUUAUUGGCGCAUUAGCAUUCGACGCGCAAGAAGAACAAUUAUGGCAUCAUUUCAAAGAUUGUGGUGAGAUUGAAAGCGUGAGAAUUGUUCGUGAUAAGAAAACUAAUGUUGGAAAAGGGUUUGCGUAUGUCCAAUUUAAGGAACGUGCAUCAGCCGGCCUAUCACUAAAACUUCACCUCUCGAAAAUCGGUACUCGUACAAUUCGUGUCACGAGAAAACAUGCAACGAAGGGAGGAAAAGGAGACGAAAGAGGUGAUGGCGGUAAUGUAAAUUCGCAUAAAAACCCCGGAAUAAUCAAUACCCGAAAAAGAAUCGAUAAAGCUAAAACUAAAAGGCCUCCAAGAAUUCGUGAGAGAACUAUAACCUGGAAAAAAGCCGCGAUGAAAAAGAAUACUAUCAGUACCACCGCAAAAGGAAAGAAUAAAAUGAAAUAA